AGUGCACAGUGAAAUCGAAAUUUCUCUGGUACGCUAAACCCCGUAAGGCCAACAGUCUUUAUAGUAUCUCGUCGAUGUCCUUAAUCUUCGUCGUAGUUGUUGAAAGCACACAAUGCGCCUCGUAGCGCGGGAAAUCUCUUGACAUAUGUAGAACUCGAGUAAUAAUGGCACAACGCAGUAUAGACUCGUUCUUCAUUAGGAUACCAUCCAAGAAAGAAAAUUCGUCUCAAGCAAAUUCGGAAAGCAACUUGUCCAACAAACAGGAGGAUCAGGAUACAACAGCAAAUAGCAAACGCAAGAGGAAUAGCAGCAGUAAAUCUCCCAGUUCCCCUAUUACAAAAAGGCCAAGUACUAAACUCUCAGAACCAAAAAUAGCUUCCAAGACUUCUGCAAAAAUCUCACCUGCAAAAUCUCAUGUAAAGACAGAGCUCACUUCAGAAAAUAAGACAGAUAGAAUAUCACCUAGAAAGUCAAAGAAGACAAAAGGAAAAAAAUCAAAAGAUGCAUCUAACCUUAAGAAAAAGGAAGAAAAAAAGGAAAAGUGUGAAGAAGUUGAAAAAAAUAAUUGUACUGAAAAUGAUAUUGAUGUAGAGAAAGAGGAAAAGGAGAAAUCUAUUUUAUUAACUAAGCAAAAGGAAGAUACAAAAAAUGACAAAGUAAGCAAUGGAAAGAAUGUUAUCCAAUCUUAUAAUCCCAGCAUGUCUGGUUAUCAUCCAAUAAAUGAUGCAUAUUGGAAACAAGGAGACAAAACUCCAUACAGUGCAUUUACACGCACUUUAGAACUUAUUGAGGAAACAAGCGCACGGCUAAAAAUAAUAGAAAUACUAUCAAAUUAUUUUCGAUCCGUUAUAGUUCUAAGCCCAACAGAUCUUUUGCCCAGUGUGUAUCUGUGUCUCAAUCAAUUAGCACCAGCGUAUGAAGGUAUCGAGCUGGGAGUUGCUGAUACAAAUCUGAUGAAAGCGAUAGCACAAUGUACCGGUAGAACGCUCGCUCAAAUUAAAGCCGAUGUCCAGCAGAUUGGUGAUUUGGGAAUUGUAGCAGAAGGUAGCAGGUCUAAUCAGAGAACUAUGUUUCAGCCUGCACCAUUGACAGUUUCCAAUGUGUAUGCAAAAUUAAAAGAGAUAGCUGUAAUGACAGGACAUUCGUCUCUGGCAAAAAAACUGGAUAAGAUCCAAACAUUGUUCGUGGCUUGUCGUAACACCGAAGCGAGAUAUCUAAUCAGAUCAUUGGCUGGGAAACUUCGCAUUGGUUUAGCAGAACAAUCUGUCUUGCAAGCGUUGGCCUUAGCAUGUGCGAUGACACCGCCAGAGCAAACCUAUCCACCAGAAAUAAUAAAUGCGGCCAAAAAGAUGUCGAGUGAACGGUUCAAAGAAAAAUAUGAUGAAAUAGCAAUAAUAUUGAAAACAACAUACUGCGAAUGUCCGAAUUACAAUCUCAUAAUUCCUAUUCUAUUGGAGGACGGAAUUGAAACUUUGCCAAGCAAAUGUAAACUUACGCCUGGAAUACCCUUGAAACCUAUGCUGGCACAUCCUACUAAAGGCGUUCAAGAAGUGCUAACUCGAUUCGAAGGUUUGAAAUUCACGUGUGAAUGGAAAUAUGACGGAGAGAGAGCACAGAUACAUGCAAACAACGGUCAGAUCAAUAUCUAUAGUAGAAAUCAAGAAAACAAUACUAGUAAGUAUCCGGACAUCAUAAACCGAUUCAAGAAUACUCGCGACGAAUUAGUGGAGAAUUGUAUACUUGAUUGCGAAGCGGUUGCUUGGGACAAAGAGAAGAAACAAAUUCUGCCUUUCCAAAUACUCAGCACGAGAAAGCGAAAGGAUGCCAAUGAGGAAGAUAUAAAAGUGCAAGUAUGCGUGUUUAUGUUCGAUUUGUUAUAUCUAAACGGCAAAUCGUUGGUGAAAGAACCGUUUGCAAAACGACGUGAAUUAUUGAAAAAGCAUUUCAAAGAAGUAGAAGGUGAAUGGAAAUACGCCAACAGUUUAGACACUUCGAUGAUAGAGGAGAUGCAAAUCUUCUUGGACGAAUCAGUGAAAGGAAAUUGCGAGGGCCUAAUGGUGAAAACAUUAGAGGAAGAGGCAACUUACGAGAUUGCGAAGCGAUCGAGAAAUUGGUUGAAACUAAAAAAGGAUUACUUAGACGGCGUUGGUGAUACACUUGACGUCGUUGUAAUUGGUGGUUACAUUGGCAAAGGAAAGAGGACUGGUACUUAUGGUGGGUUUCUGUUGGCUUGCUACGAUCAAGAAAACGAGGAGUAUCAAAGUGUUUGCAAGAUCGGCACCGGCUUCAAAGAAGAGGAUCUUGAAAACCACACGAAGUUUUUCAAGGACCACGUGAUAUCUCAAGCUAAAUCAUAUUAUCGUUUCGAUGGCAGUCAUGAGCCAGAUCACUGGUUCGAGCCAAUUCAAGUCUGGGAGAUCAAGUGCGCUGAUCUCUCUCUUUCGCCAGUUCAUCGUGCGGCUAUAGGGAUUGUUGAUCCAGAGAAAGGAAUAUCUCUGAGAUUUCCACGAUUUAUCAGGAUUCGCGAGGAUAAGAAUUGCGAGGAAGCCACAUUAGCUCAGCAAGUGGCAGACAUGUAUAAUAAUCAAGAACAGAUCAAGAACAAAACAUCGGCGUCAAAAGCCACAGAAGAAGAUUUCUAUUAACACAAUCACUCUUUUUACUUAUCUCAUCUUGUGCGUACUUUUUUAUAAUUAAUGAUUUUAUGAAUAUUCAAUAAAAGGUAUUUGAUAUUUGAUAUCAGA